AUGUGGCCGAUUCGAAGUUUUCUCGUCCUUGGGCUCCUCCUCAUCGCCGUCCAGGCUUGUCAAACGGACGAUGAAUGCAGCCUCAACGGUAUCUGCUCCCCAGACAGCUCGUGCAUUUGCGAUCCAGGAUGGCGUUCUGCCGACUGCAAUGAGCUUGAUCUCCAGCCCGUCGAACGAUGGACCGGAUACAACCACACGAACGCGACUGGCACAGACUUCUACAAGCAGGGUGCUGGGAACUCGUCUUGGGGAGGCCACAUCAUACAAGAUCGUUCAGACAAGGGCCUCUUCCACCUCAUCACGUCACAGAUGUCACAUGGCUGCGGUUUGGCCGGCUGGCGCCCCUUCAGCACAAUCAUCAGGGCAGAGUCCCGGACGGGACCGCAGGGCCCCUACAACUACGCACAAACGCUGUUCAGCACUUUUCACCAUAAUCCAACGACUAUCUGGAGCCCAGCAGACCAAAAGUUCUUGAUAUACUUCAUCGGCAAAGAUGUCGAGGUUGGCGACGUGUGCCGCUCGCAGAAGUGGAACAACACGAUAUCGGUCUCCGCCUCGGCGAACCUGAGAGAAUGGACAACCCCAAUACCGCAGGUGAUCAACGUGACAAACCCCGCACCCUGGCCGUUGUGGUCACUCGAGAACCCGACAAACGAGAUUCUCCUCGCGGUCGAAAAGAACAACAUCUACCACGCAGACAACUUUUCCGCCCCGCAUCAUCUCGUCGUGGAACCGCGCAACACUGAGCGCAGCGAGGACCCGUUCCUCUGGAGAGACAAGCGAGGGCAUUGGCACAUUCUCGUUCACCACAUGAUCGACAUCGCGGAGGGCAGAAAGGGACCACGAGUCGGUGCACAUGCGUACGCUCGAGAGUGGAAGGGUCCUUGGACGUACAACAACAAGACUCUGGCUUACAACACGACUGUUGAGUUUACGGACGGAGUCAAGUUGGACUACUAUCGUCGGGAGAGGCCGAAGUUAUACUUCAGCGAUGACGGACAGAUGACCCCCCUGUAUUUGCUGAAUGGCGUCCAGGAGUUCAACAAGUCGGGUAUCUACACCCUGAUCCAGCCUAUUGGGAAGAAGUCAAUGGGAUGCAAAAAGGGGCUUGCUGGCUGA